CAUUCAUUCAUCUACACUAGUCUAAAGCGUGUGAUGAAAUCUGCUGUUCGCUUUCUGUGCUUUGUGACCGACAAGGCAGUAGGAAAUGGAAGUAAUCGGAUCAUAAUCCAUACACAUAAGGUGCCAUUGCCUCGCCAUACCCGGCGCCGAUCUGAAACAUUUCGACAAGCUGACCCAACAUUCAGGAAAAGUUUCACCUCUUCUCGUUCAAGGUCCAUCCAUAUUUCAUUGACACAAACUCUGUAUAUGACUGAUUGACAUCAAUACUGGUGAAAGAUAGGGCACUGUGUUUAUUCCUCGGGCUGCAGUGGGAUUGGGGUGUACCACCCGCGCCUAUGACGUCCGUGGAGGGGGGGCCGCGUCGCACUAAGGACCGAGCCCUGUCAAGGAAGUCGGGCUACCAAAUGUCGUCACGCUUUUGCAGCUUUUCCCAAGAAAAAAAUUAACACAAAAUCGAGCAGACAUCCAGAUGUCCCAAGAUUCAGAGUUGCAUCCAACACGCAGCAGUUAAUUUUUACAUUGACUUUGCUACCUGUAUCCAUUUUCAAAACCAACAAGGCAACAAGACAAGACCAGGGCACUGCAGGAGAAACCCAGCAACGCCCCCGCUUGGCAGUCCCCUGCAUUUCCAAACAGCCAUCCAAGCCGUCCGAGCUUCCCUUGGCCAAACCUGUCUUUUCUCCAACAGUGCCUCACUUCUGACCUCCCAUCACCGAGUAGCAUCUUGUUCCCUUCUUUCGGCGCGAAAUCAACUUCGCCUGACGCCCUUUCUCUUCGGCUUCAUUGCUUGACGCAUUGGCGCUGUCAUUUUUUUCUCUUCUCGUCUCCUCAGCCUGGUGCUGAAUCGUCUUGCGCCAUGGACGACAUAAACGGCACCACAAUGAAAGCCCACCGGGCUGCGAAUGGUAUCAACGGCGCCAUCAAGUCGCCCGCCUUGAAUGGCCACAACACUGUCCAGAAAAGAAUUACCAGAAGUCGUGGGCCAGGUUGGCCGUCCUGGCUGUUCAGUUUCGCUGCCAGGUUGGUGGCAUGGUAUUCGAUCUACGCGAUUCUGUUCUGGUGCCCAGCUACCCUCGACGCCUGCGAUGAAAACUCCCCGCUCGUGUGCAGACCUUACUUCCAGCUCAAGAACACCGUCACCCCACAUCUCGAGCCAUAUUACGACGCAUACGCGGCACCGUACGUUGAGCUGGCGCGCCCAUACUACAACGCUGUGGACGAAAAGGUCAUCACACCAGCCUGGGGUUACGCGAAGCAACAUGGUGCCCCGCAGGUUGAGCAGGCCCGUGUCUACGGAAAGGCACAGUGGGAAAAGUCUGUACAGCCUCAAAUCACCAAAGUCCAGCAUCUGGCCAAGACCCAAUACGACCACACCCUCGCGCCACAUCUCGACCAGCUCUCGGCCGCGGUUGGGCCAUACUACGAGAUCGUGCGAACCAACUCUCUCCAGACAUAUCACGAGUUUCUGUUACCCUCGUAUCAGUUUGCUCAGCCCUACGCACUGCAGGCUUAUCAUGCCACCUCGGACUUUGCGCUGGGAACCGUAGCGCCUACAUGCGCCUGGGCGUGGAAUAAGACAAACCUCUUCCUUGACAGCACUGUCUGGCCGCAUCUGAGAGUCAUCUACGUUGAGAAUGUGGAGCCCCAGCUUGUCAAGAUUGGCAAGCGACUGGGCCGGUAUAGCAGCAGCACCAAUGGCACCAAAAAGUCAGUUCCCAAGUCGGCAGUAGACUCAGCUUCGAGCUUUGCUUCCAAAACGAUAUCUUCUUUUGUCAAGCCUGCACCAUCCGCCUCCUCGACCACCUCUGUUGUUGCCUCGAGCAAGUCUUCUUCCACAGCCGGUCGACCGCAAGCCAAGGACGCUCCAGAAGCCCAUCGAUCCAAAUCCAGCGUCGAUCCCAUCACUCCUCCCGAUACUGCCGAACAAGUCGAGAAUGAGGAUCCGGUGCGCCGCGCUGCUCGUGAGACGGUGGCUGCAGAUCUCAAGGACUGGCAAGAGCGCUACGCCAAAGCCGUGGAUGAAGGGGCUGCCGAGAUUGACAACCGCGUCCAGGAGAUUUCCAAGAGGAUGAUUCGCCGAAAUGCUCGAAUUACAGGCAAGGCUCUUCUCGACCAGCUUCAAGAGGCCACGGUCUCUGAGCUGGUACUGCUCCGCGGCGACAUUCUCGACAUCAUCAAUGCAGUCAACGACAAGGAGCUGGGAACCGAGGACGCACAGGAGGAAAUCGUUCAGGCUGUCAGGCAGGCCGGUAUGGCUAUCAAAGACAAGGCGCAGGCCGUGCGCCACUGGCGUGAGGAGUACGAAACCGAGUUGCAGGCUUCCAUCACGCAAGCGGCUGAAACCCACUUCACCGUUCUUCAAGGCAUCAGAGAUCUGGCACUGCAAAGGAUUGGCAUGAAGUGGGCCUGGACGGAUGGAAUCACAUACAAGGACUGGGCCAAGUACCACCUGUUGAAGAGCAGAUUUGACGAGUGGAAGGGGGAUCUGGAGAAGCUCAUCGUUACCCACCCAAACCUUGAAGCUGCGCAGGUGGAGGGGGCCAACAUCGAGGAUGAGGCCAUGAAACUGGCCGCCACGGCAGCCAAGGAGCUCGGUCGUCUAAAGCAAGUGGCCAACUGGAAGCUUGUGGCUGGCGAUGUGACGGAGGAGUUUGAUAGCACCCUGACACAGCAGGCUGCCGAGGCUGUCGAAGCCGCCAGACUUGCUGCCACCAGCGUGGUCAACAAGGCUGGCGAGUCCGCGGAAAAGGCCCAGCAUGCCGUCGUCGACAAGGUGGCGGGAGCGUACGAGAAGGCAAGCGAGGCUGUUGUCGGUGUCACGGACACUGUAUCGGAAAAGACAGCUGAGGCUGCCCAAUCGGUUGGCAAUAACAACUUGUGGGCCGAGGACUCGAUGGCUGGUGAGGGCGAUGAGGAGCCGGCUGAGGCAAUUAGCGCUGCCUCGGAAGAGAUCUCCAGCGUUGUUGAGCCCACGUCCGAGGCCACCGCCGAUGUCGACAACUCUCCAGAACCAGUUGCUGACGAUCUUGCGCAUCUUGCGGCCAGCGAGUCCCUGGUGUUCGAGACCCCCCCUAUUGUUGAUAAUGUGACGCAGAUUCAAGAGGAUGUCAAAGCUGACCCAGCCCCAGUUGAGCUGCCAGUCGACGAGGACGCCGCGGGGGAAGAAGAGGAGGCUGGAGACGCUCCUGAUACUCGUCCUGUCGCGGAAGCCGAAGCGGGGCCUACUGUCAAGCCCGCUCUAUUUGGCGCCGCCGCUCAGGUUGUGCCCCGUCAUUCCCCUAUCCUCGAUGACGAGGAGGAUGACGAGGAGGACAUGUCCGGUGCCAUUCAGGUAAUGCAAGACGAAUUGAGAUCGGUCUACUCCGCAGCCAUGUCUCGUGCCAACGCACAAUAUUCCGAGGCAUUGUCGGCUGUCUCAGCCCAGAUCCACGGCACUCCCCUUCCUGCUCAUCAACAGAUGCUCGCCUCGGUGACGUCUGCUUACAACAAGGCCAUGGCCUCAGCAAGCUCUCGGAUGGACGUUGCGCUCGAGGCUGUGUCGACUCAGUUGCGCGGGACACCAACCAAGACGAAGAAGAACAUCAUGCCCACGGUCGCCAUUCCGACUGUCCCCGUGCCCAGUGUCGAUUGGGCUCGUAUCGAGUCCAUUGCCUCGGAACGCCUCGAACAGGGCCGGUCUUGGGCGCUGGAGCAGUACGAAAGUGCCAAGAUUGCAGCUGGUCUGGCCACCCCAACACCUUCCACCCCAGCUGAACAUGUCAACAAGCUUCUGGACAACGCCCGGCACAAUUACUACGCCGGUCUCGGCCUCGCGCAUGCCAGGUAUUCCGAGUUUUUGUCGGCAGCCAGCGCAGCCGUGAGCUCCAUGACGGCCACCCCUACACCGACUGAUCUUGCCGGUACUGCUUCUUCGCUUGCUUCGGUCGCCAGCGAGUCCGCGGCUGCUGCUGCCGCCGCCGUUGGCGAGUCUGCUUCUUCGGCCGCUUCAGUGGCCAGCGAGUCGGCUGCUUCUGCCGCUUCGGCAGCUAGUGUGGCUGCCGCUUCUGCUGCGUCGGCGGCAAGCGAGUCUGGUGCCUCUGCUGCUUCUGUCAUUGGGUCAGGUGCAUCCUCUAUUGCGGCUGCUGCCAGUGCAGGAGUUUCCUCCGCCGCAUCGGUUGCCGGCGAGAACAUCUCUUCUGCGGCUGCCGCCGGAUACGAGCAAGCUGGUGCUGCAGCUGACUACGUGGCUGAUGGCUGGGAUGUCAUUGUCACCAAGAUCAGCAUACAGGUCUAUGGUGCUCCAGCCCCUACUCCAUGGUACGAAGCUUUCUACAGCGGCGUUGGCGAGUACGCUUCUUCUGCCUCGGCGGCAGCUGGUGAAGGGGCGGGGUCAGUAACGAGUGCCGCUGCUGUGGCCAGUGAUGCGGCUGCUCAACGCUAUGAGGCCGUGAGCGCGCUCGUGUCUGAACUUUUGGUCGGCAAGGAACCAACAUUCUCGGAAAGCGUGGUGUCCAGGCUGAAUGCUGCUUAUGCCACCGGCACCAACGUUGUUGGCUCAGCCGCCAGCGCCGCUAACGAAGUGGUCGGUGAGGCCGGCGAGAAGGUCAGAAGCGUCGGUGAGAAGGUGGCAAGUGUUGCGAGCGAAGCGACCGAAGCGGUCAAGGAGAAGGUUCAGGGCCAUGAUGAACUGUGA